ACUCUAUUCACUGUGGUGAGUGGUCAAAUUAUUGAUAGGUUCAGCUUGCCGGCUUUAGCCUAUUUACAUUUUGCUAAUUAACAUUUUAAUUACUUAUAGUAAGAAAAUGUGUUGACAUAAAACGUGUGUCUUAGGUUAUUUCAGGGCAACUACAUUAUAUUGCCUUAUCUCUAUUUGUUGUAAAAAAAUAUGUUUGGAAUUGAAACAUGUACUUUAACUUUCCUCUUCUAUUUAAUCAAGUGUGCGACGGGUUUGGGUGAAAUUAUUUACGCUGUCAAUGCAGGAGGACCGGCACAUACAGAUAUUUAUGGCAUUCAUUAUGAAAAAGACCCACUUCAAGGGAGAAUAGGCACCGCAUCAGACUAUGGAAAACAAUUUGUGAUGAUCGGAAGAGUGAAUUCCAAAGAUGAAAUACUUUAUCAAACCGAGCGUUACCAUCACAGUACAUUUGGGUAUGAUAUUCCAGCCAAUAAGGAUGGUGAUUAUGUGUUAGUGCUUAAAUUUAGUGAAGUAUAUUUUAAUGCCCCCAAUAUGAAAGUUUUUGACGUGGUGUUGAAUGGAGACCAUACAAUAGUUGCUGACUUGGAUAUUUUCGAUAAGGUGGGCCGAGGUGUUGCUCAUGAUGAGUAUAUCCCAUAUUCAAUAAAGAACGGCAAACUAUAUUACAAUGAUGAAGAGUCUGAUAUAAGAGGAGGUAAAAUUAAGGUAGAAUUCAUUAAAGGCUACAGGGAUAACCCAAAAAUAAAUGCACUAUAUGUAAUGAAAGGUACUAUUGAUGAAAUACCGAAAUUACCACCAAUAGUUUGGCCAGAGGCAGAGGCUGAAGAACCACGGGAAGAAGUGGAAGAAAAAGCCACUAAGUCGAGACGAGCAAGCGGUCCAAAACAACCAGAUCCAUACUCAAUAGAUGACAGCUCAGUUAUGGUUCCCUUAUUUAUUACUAUUGGUGCUUUCAUACCAUUGUUAUUUUGCCUUUGUAAACUCUAACCAAUCCUGUAUAUUCUGUUAUAUUUGUAAAAACAAGGGCGUAGCAUCAUAAAGACUUAAAAUAUAUAUUUUGCUUUGUCAAAUGCACCAAAUUAUUAUAUUAUAUUGAACUUUUAGAUUUGCUUUUUAUCCCUUAACUUCUUGCGACCACUUAAAAAGUUCUGCUAUGCCAAUGUUUUUUAACUAUAAAUAUUUUGGUUUUGUCAUAAAUUUCCAUAAUGGGUUUGGAAAUCAGAUCUAUUUAAAAUUUGAUACUAUUAUGCCAAAUAGUACAAAUAUAACAAUUCACUAGAACCCGUCCCACAUAAUAUAUUUACAUAAAUGACAUUAUAUGCACUUAUCACUGCAGAUGCACUUAGAAUAUAAAUAAAUUAUUAUAAACA